AUGUGUCCCCAUACAAGCUCUCAGUUCAUGGUUUCACCGCUCGCCGACAUCUCUCGUCCCUGCAUGCAGCUCCAUACGAUCGUACAAGUUGGAUUAAUGAGCAUCUGCUUCGUGAAAUUUAUUUCCAAGAAGUACAGGCACUUGUUCAAGAAGUUACGGGAUUGCUUCGAAAUGAAGUAUACAACGAAAGCUUCACAAACAGAAAAAAAGGACAAAACCAAGACAAAGUUUACAUACCUGAACUAUUUCCAUCUAUUAUUGGAAUUUCGACGACAGAUGGUAGAUGUCUUGCCCCGAAGGUGCGUCUUGAAUUUUCCCCAAAGGGUGCAAGGUACAACAUUUGAAAGUACCAUUGCAGACGUUGCUUCGGCGGCCGAGCAAGUAAACAAACAGGAGAACCGGUUGCAUGAAUCCGGCGUGCGGAGGGAUGAUCGCAAAGGCUUUUAUCGAGGGAAGCAGAAGGGCGAUGAUGGGAUACCUCGAUUUGCGCUUUUCUCUAUAUGGCGGCCCCUGGAAACAGUCCAUCGUGACCCUUUGACUUUAUCAUCCUGUUGUGCUUUCUUUCCUGAAUCUGAAUAUGGGCCGGCAGGUCAGAUUGAGCCCAUGGAUCACCUUAUUCAUGCUCAUCUGUCGCGGAUAAUUGAUACCAACGCCCCUAACUUGAACGUCGCCAACGAACAACAGGUUCGGGAUGUUACAUUCCACGAGGAUAAUGGAACAUACCAAUCGCAUGGCUAUCUAGCUUAUGGACCACGGGAUGAGGAACAAAAGGCAUAUGAACUGGCACUUCAUUUCAGAGCAACAAACUUCUGA